CUCUACGGCUGGUUCUGCAGCCCGCGGUCCGUCUACCUCGUGCUCGAGUUCGCGCCCGGCGGCGAGCUCUUCACCGCGCUCGAGCGGGCCGGGUCCUUCGACGAGGACACGACGGCGGGCUACGCGGUCCAGGUCGCGUCCGGCCUCGCGUACCUCCACUCGAAGCACAUCAUCCACCGCGACAUCAAGCCCGAGAACAUCCUCCUCGGCCAGCCCGGCGCCGGCUCCCGCGGCGGCCCCGUGCUCAAGCUCUGCGACUUCGGCUGGUCCGUCCACGCGCCGUCCAUGCGCCGCGCGAGCUUCUGCGGCACCAUCGACUACGUCUCGCCGGAGAUGGCGCGCCACGAGACCUACGACCAGUCCAUCGACAUCUGGGCCCUGGGCGUGCUCACGUUCGAGCUCCUCGUCGGCGACCCGCCGUUCUACCGCGACAAGAAGCAGAAGACGCUCCAGGCGAUCUGCAAGGAGGACCCCAAGUACCCCAAGGGCCUGAGCCCGGGCAGCAUCGACUUCAUGAGCGGCCUCCUCCACAAGGACCCGGAGCGGCGCCUGAGCCUCGAGGAGGCGAAGCGCCACGUGUGGAUCCAGAUCUGCCUCCUCGACAAGCCCGCGGCCUGA